UAACACUCAACAAAUCAAUAACUAGAGGGUGUGUUAGAGCCCACCCUCUCAACUUUGACGAGUGAAAGUGACAGUUUUAUUUCAAGUCGUAUUUCAUGAUGGUUUGGAGGAAUGUUACGGACAAAAUGAAAUAAAUAAAUAAGCAACAAAAAACAUAUUUCGUGACACAUUUAUUUAUUUAUGCUCUCAUUUCAUGGUACAUUUAUUUAUUAAGGCUUCAUUUCAUGAUACAUUUAUUUAUUUAUGCUCACAUUUCACAGAACUUUAAUUUAUUUGCGCAUUUAUUUAUUUAUUUCAUUUUGUCCAAAAUAGUCCUCCAUACUACUUCCGAGAAUGAAAUGGCGCUUUGUCAAUCAAUAGUUCUAUAAAGGGACCAUUGAGUGCCAUUAAAAAGGAUUUUUCAGAGUGCUGGCGCUAUUGAUUUGGGACAAGGGGCUAUUCACACUGGCAGAGUAGCGCACCGCCUCAUCCUAAUGACUAUACUGUGAUUUCAGACGACUCUAUAUUGUAACCAAGAAAUGCACUGUUCAGCUUGCAAUAUUCAAAUAUGGAUUUUUAGCGUCAUGGUUGUGGAAUUCUGCGGUGCUUUGUGGACUGGAGUGGAGUGGAGGCAGACAACAAGAAGGUGGGGCGCCCUUUUGGUGAUUUCCUGUUGGCGUUCGAUUUUAAAUUCACCAAGUCACCGAGAUCGAAAGUAAGAUUUUACAACACCCGGGAGAUCGGUUCCGCUCCGGAGAGCAUUGACAUCAGACGCUGCCAUUUUACUCGUAAUCAGCUGCUUCGGGUGAGAGUGAUUGAUUUUGGGAUCACUUCUAAAGCGACACGGGAAUCACAAGCAUUCUGCAAGGCAUCAGGGGCCCCGAAGGACCAGCGCGGAUCACAAAGAUGAACAGACCCAGUUUUUAGGAUCAAGGCUAAGAGCAGCCAACCAUUUUCCUUACGCACGACUGACAAAAGUGCCGAUGCUGGUCAAACAGCGCACCUGACAACAGGCAGAGACCAGAGCACCGGGAAACACUCAAACUAGCCCAGGUGGCAUAUGCAAAAGUACGAGAUCCCGUAGCAAAAUGAUGUUUAUCUGCUUGGCUUUGAAGAGGCAGCUUCUAGGAAUUUCCAGGAUGAGACAAACAAAUACACUGGGAAACAUCUGUGGCACUUUUUUCUGGAUUUUUCUGCAAUUUGUAACUCAGCCUAUGAACUCUUCUUCAGAAGAUCUUGUGAAAUUCAACUGCAAUAGCAGCAUCAAUGUCCGAUAUGGUGAACAUUUUAUGCUUUUCUGCUCUGCUGUAGUCAUUCAAGCAACAUCUGACGUGGAUGUGAAAGUAAGAUGGCGUUUUAAAAAUAACCCUCCCUGGAAUGUUUCUCUAAGCAAAGCAAACAACAUAUCUUUUAAAAUAAGCAAAGCAACCUUUGCACAUCAAGGAACCUAUGAAUUAUCUGUUCAACCUAUGACGAUGUCAGAAUACACAAGUAAAAUAAAUGUGGCUGUUCUUGCAAGCAUGACAGUCCACUGCUCUGAAGAUCCUGUAAAGAUCUCUUUGAACACAUGCAUCGCAAACAUCAGUGCAGAUGCCAAUCACACACUACAAAUAUACAAUAUAAACUGGAAAAGUCUAGAAAAGAAUGGAACGAUUAAAUGGGAUAAGACUUUUACAAACUUCCAACAGGAAAAACUGCCUUUAAAUGAUUUAAGAAAUGUGCAUGAGAACAUCUAUUAUCUUGAAGUUAAUACAUCCUCUGGCAUCUUCAAUGCAGCUACAGGAGACAGAGCUGGAAUACUUAAAAAUGGAAAAAAUGAAAGGAAUCAUUUUGCCCAGUUUCAAGCCCUCUUAUUAUUCCAUGGGGUUAUCAUUAUUCUUCAUAAUUUCCCAUGAAACAGAGGAUCUACUCAGAAAAAUGUGAAGUGAAAUCAGACAAACCCUGUCCAGAAUACUAGUCCAUAGGAGAAGCCACAAGGUUCAUUUUAUAACACUUUGGCUUGUAACUUUUAAAACUGGUCUUUUGCAUUAAGUUGUGUUGGACUUAUUUCUUGUUGCCUGGUGACACUGAGAAAUUCGAGAAGAGGAGCAGAACUAAAAAACCAAGGUGCUUAAAUGACUGUGAAGGUGCUUUGUGUUCAACACAAGAGACAGUUUCAGGGUCCUGCUGCUUUAAUUGCUUUCUGCAAGGUUGAAUCAUGUCGGUGGGAGGCAUAGAAUGAUGCUCACCAUAAUUUAACAUUGCUUUUUUAAGAAUUUUACUUAUGAUUUUUUAUUACUUUGUCAAAAUAUUAAUUUCCAAAUGUGAAGUGACUUUAAUUUACUGUGAAUAUUACCUGUGAUA